AAGUCCAGGAGGAAACCAACAUGAUUAAGUACAUGUCCACAUCUCUGAUACAUAAAUUUUGUAAGUCAAACACAGCAAUGGAAAAUAAAGAAUCACAAUUGCUCGGAAACUGGCCUCCACAUUCGUAUAGUAUAUAUCAGCUACAUAAUAUCUAAUUGUUUACAUAUAUCUCUACAUUAAGACAGGUCCCUUAAAUAUUAGGAAUGAAGGCAGCUCAUAGUGCCUUCAAACACAAGUAAUUCAUUGUGAGCUAACAAUUCAGUGCUGGUUUAAAUUUGUUUUUAUUAGCACUAGAGGUUUAUCUGUUGGUUUACAAUAUGGAAUGGCUUUUCUGGGCUGUAACUGUGGCUUCAGCUGGUUUAGCAAUUAUUCUGCUGGAAGUUGCAAAGGUUAUAUGGUGGAAACCGUUGCAUUUGAAAAAGCUCUUUGAAGCUCAAGGGAUUCAAGGCCCUUCUUACAAGUUUAUAUAUGGAAAUGCUCCUGAUAUUGUUAGAAUGGCCAGAGAGGAGAGCUCUGACCCAAAGUCACUGUCAGGACACAACAUAGUACCUCGAGUUCUUCCGGCUCUUCAUCAAUGGAAGAAAACCUAUGGUCCGAAGUAUGUUUAUUGGUUUGGGAAUAAACCCAGGCUUUAUGUUCCUGAUCCUGAGCUUGUGAGGGAGAUACUAUCUAACAAGUUUGGGCACUACAAAAAGGUUCAUCUCAAUCCUACGCCAAUGAAGCAUCGGGGACUUGGAACAUUAGAGGAUAAAAAAUGGGCACAGCAUAGGAGAAUCAUUAAUCCUUCUUUCCAUAUGGAAGUCUUGAAGGGCAUGAUUCCUGAAAUUACAGAGUGUGGAACUAAUAUGAUUGAAGAUUGGAGGAAAUUGGUAUCUUCCGGUGCCAAUGAAAUAAAUGUUUUCAAAGAGUUCUCUUGUUUUACAUCAGAUGUUAUUUCACGCACAGCAUUUGGAAGCAGUUAUGCAGAGGGAAAGCACGUGUUCCAUUUACUAUCCCAGCUAGUCCUUCUCAGAUUUGAAAGAUCUCGCAGAGUUAAUAUACCGGGUUCCAGAUGUAUCAUUGAUAGGCGUUCACUAAUUCCUAUAGAGGUUGGAGAUGGAUUCAGUAUGGAAAUGUCUAGUGAAGGUACAGAAAGUGAGUUUCCAAUGGUUAUUGCAGAUUUCAAACAGUCAAGGAUGCCAAUUAGUGAUGAUAUGAUUCCAGCAAAUUCAUUGGAAUUAGAAAUUUCGGAGAGAGAUAACCAAAUGAAAAAAACAGAACAGUUUGAAAUAGAGGAUGCCCAUGGCACUGCACCCAAACUAGAAGACUACAAUCUAAUACAGAUAAGUGAUCCUGAAAGCCCAAUAUUUGCAGCUACGGGAGAUGACAGCAAAUUUAAUCAGAAAUGUAACACCAUCUGUAUUGAAGAAGCUAGUACUGAAAAUCAUAUGGAGAAAGUAGGUGCAAUAGCGUCACAUAUUGAUAUGUCCUUAAUGGUGAAUAGAGAUACAGCUUCAUUAAUUUCUGGAAAUUCAGAGCGGCCAAACAAGGAGAUAAAUGUCGAAGGAGUCUCAGGAAAAAACCAAAAGAGCAAACAGAAUGUCUGA